ACUCGAGGUUUGAUGCGGCGACGCGGUCCUCCCUGACCGAAGUACUCGUUGACUUCUCAUCACGACGAGCGGCCGCAGCGCACAACUUUUAGCCCCCGCUGCUCGCGCAGAACAAACGAGAACAUCUCGCACCCGGUUCCGGUCCAUUCGUUGUCCGUUCAUUCCGGGCCAGGGAGAGGGUCGGGGGGGGCGGUAGAGGGGAGGUCGGCUCUGAACGUGUCGCACGGGAAUCCCCACCGCCGUUUCGUGACAGCAGGCAGAAAAUAGUCUCGUGCUUUUAAGGAGCAAGAACAUGUGGACGUGGGAAUGAACCGAUGUGGAGGACGCACGCAGAGGAAGUGAGGUGCCCGGGGUCCGUGGACUCAGCCCGCUCGGUCAGCGAGAGGCGGCGAGGGGGAGAAGAAUCGGGAGAAGUCGCGCGGAGCGCAAAAAGAGCGCAUUUAAAGCCGAGGACACACCAAGUGUGGACCAUGUCUACCCCGUGCUGACACAGGACCGAGGAGGUGAAACACUUCGGCUGUUGGGUAUUUUUUUUCUCCCCCCAAACCGGACUUUAAUCGCAACGUAAAGUUGGUAAAUUUCUGGGGAAGUUUUUUUUUUUUUAAUCCAUUCUGUCUCAACAUCAUGGAGCUGACGUGCAGGAGCGUCGUGCUGCUCGGGUGCAUCUUCUUCCUCAACUGGCCUCUCCUGGCUUCUGCAGAAGAAGAGGUCCUGAUGAACACAAAGACGGAGACCUCCGAUCUCCGAUGGACCAUCUUCUCACAGGCCAAACCUGCGUGGGAGGAAGUCAGCGGUUUGGACGAGGAGAGCAACAGCGUGCGGAUCUAUCAGAUCUGUCAGACCGACAGCUCGUCCAGCCACUGGCUGCGCAGCGGCUUCAUCCCGCGCCGGGGGGCGUCUCAGGUCUACGUGGAGCUGCGGUUCACCAUGAUGGAGUGCUCCUCCACGAGCUCCCACCACCGCAGCUGCAAAGAGACCUUCAACCUGUACUACUACCAGGCCGACUCCAACGAGGCCACGUCCUCCUACCCGCCCUGGAUGGAGAACCCGUACACCAAGGUGGACACGGUGGCCGCAGACUAUCUGCUGAGGAAGGGUGGGGAGCGGAAAUUCACCAAGAAGACCCUAAGAUUCGGCCCGCUCUCAAAGAGGGGCUUCUACUUGGCUUUUCAGGCCCAGGGCGCCAGCAUGGCCCUGCUGUCCGUCAGGGUGUUCUUCAAAAAGUGCCCCCCCUUGCUCAGCGCGCUUUCCUCGUUCCCCGAGACCGUGCCCCGUACUCUGGUGCAGGAGGCGCAGGGUGCGUGCGUGGAGCACGCCGCCCAGCAGGGGCCCCGACCUCGGCCCCCGAAGCUCUUCUGCGGGGAGGACGGCCAGUGGGUGGGCCAGCCGACGACCUCCUGCGCCUGCCUCCCCGGGUACGAGUCCUCCGAAGGACACACCGUCUGCACAGCUUGCCCCGUUGGUCAGUUCAAGCCGGCCUCGGAGGGACAGUGCGCAGCCUGUCCGGGGUUCAGCCACGCCGCCGCCGUGGGAGCGGCGGUGUGCGCGUGCCGCUCUGGAUUCCUGCGAGCGGAGUCCGACCCUCCCGACGCCGCGUGCACUACACCUCCCUCGGCGCCGCGCAGCGUCGUCUCCCAGAUCAACGACACCACGCUCAGCCUGGCGUGGAACGAACCUCUGGACCGCGGCGGCCGAACGGACCUGAGCUACGCCAUCGGGUGCUCCGUGUGCCGCUCGCCCCGGGGGCCGUGCUUCUCCUGCGGGGACAGCGUCAGCUACCGGCCCGCGCAGCGCGGCCUGCAGGGGCGGCGGGUGGAGGUGUGGGGCAUGCUGCCUCAGACCACCUACACCUUCGCCAUCCAGGCGCUCAACGGCGUGUCCGGCGUCAGCGGCAGGGACCCCGCCAGCGAGACCGUCAACAUCACCACGAGCCACGACGUGCCGUCGCUGGUGUCUGUGGUUCAGAAGAGCGACUCCACGGAGAGCAGUCUGACUCUGCACUGGUCCGUCCCGGCACAGCCGCACUACACCAUCCUGCAGUAUCAGCUACGCUACUGCGAGAAGGAGCGACGCAGCGAGGACCAGUGCCACUACACGGAGAGUCAACGGAACCAGGCCGUGCUGACGGACCUGCGCCGGGCCACUCAGUACGAGGUGCAGGUCCGAGCGCGCACCAUGGCCGGCUAUGGCAGCUUCAGUCCCGCAGCCUCCUUCCACACGCUGCCCGACGGUCACGACUCAGCCGCCCAGUUCUUAAUACCUGGCAUCCUCAUCGCGGUGGGGAUGCUGCUGCUGGUCGCUUUUGUCUUAGUGGCCGCCUACUGCAUACGCAGACACAGCCGGGUAAAAGAUCCAGAGCUGAGCGACAAAAACAGCCAGUACCUUGUUGGCCAAGGGGUCAAGGUGUACAUCGACCCCUUCACCUACGAGGACCCUAACGAGGCCGUGCGAGAGUUUGCCAAGGAAAUUGAUGUUUCCUUUGUCAAGAUCGAGGAGGUUAUCGGUGCUGGAGAGUUUGGGGAGGUGUGUCGCGGGCGGCUGAAGGUCCCAGGGAAAAAAGAAAACUACGUCGCCAUCAAGACCCUGAAGGGGGGCUUCACCGACAAGCAGAGGCGGGACUUCCUCUCCGAAGCGUCCAUCAUGGGUCAGUUCCAGCACCCCAACAUCAUCCACCUGGAGGGGAUCAUCACAGCCAGCUGUCCAGUAAUGAUCCUCACGGAGUUCAUGGAGAACGGAGCUCUGGACUCGUUUCUGCGGCUCAACGACAGCCAGUUCACUCCCAUCCAGCUGGUGGGGAUGCUCCGCGGCAUCGCCUCCGGCAUGAAGUACCUGGCGGAGAUGAGCUACGUCCACCGAGACCUGGCCGCCCGCAACAUCCUGAUCAACAGCAACCUCGUGUGCAAGGUGUCCGACUUCGGCCUGUCGCGCUUCCUGCAGGAGAACUCGUCCGACCCGACUUACACCAGCUCCCUGGGAGGUAAAAUCCCAAUUCGCUGGACAGCACCAGAGGCGAUAGCCUUCCGAAAGUUUACUUCAGCCUCGGAUGUGUGGAGCUACGGCAUUGUCAUGUGGGAGGUCAUGUCUUUUGGAGAGAGACCAUAUUGGGACAUGAGCAACCAGGAUGUUAUUAAUGCCAUCGAGCAGGACUACCGGCUGCCACCCCCACCCGACUGCCCCACCCAUCUGCACCAGCUGAUGCUGGACUGCUGGCAGAAGGACCGCUCGGCGCGCCCUCGCUUCUCCGACCUCGUCAGCGCCCUCGAUAAGCUCAUCCGCAACCCUGCAUCGCUGAAAAUAGUGGCACAAGACGGAGCCGGGCCGUCUUACCCCCUGCUGGACCAGCGCGCACCUGUGGGCCUCUCGCCGUGCGCUUCAGUGGGCGAAUGGCUGAGGGCCAUCAAGAUGGAGCGCUACGAGGACAGCUUCUUGCAGGCCGGCUUCAGCUCGGUGGACCAGCUGACGCAGAUCACCACACAGGACCUGCUGCACAUGGGAGUGACUUUGGCCGGCCACCAGAGGAAAAUCCUUUCCAGCAUCCAGACAAUGACCUUUCAGAACAAGAGCACGGCGACGGUGACCUUCUAGCCGACCUCGUUUGGCGGCUUGGACGCCAGCGCACCGGGUGCAGCCGUCUAGUGGGGAGCGCUCCGAGCCCCCGUGACCCGCUCUGAACGCGGCCUUUGAGGGGAAAUCCGCAGAAUUUACCUAUGACCAAAAAAAAGAAAAGGGAAUGACUUCAGAUGACUCUCCCCCCCCAGAGGGAGGACGUUUUACAGCCACUGGGACAAAGUUGCUGUUGUUUUUUUUACAGUUUGUGAUCAGUGUUUUUGUAUGUAAUGGGAAUAAGGACCCGAUCGAUGUGCUGAACCAGGAGGAGGGACUGAUCGGAACUCACAAAGUUUCUGUAGCAUCAUGUCGUUAUGGAAACCGACCGUGGACAAGUUAGUCGCCUCAGUGAAAAGUCCCUUCACGGAGGGAGACAAAAAGAAAUGCCAGUGACAAAAUAGGCAUAUUUUCAUAUUGUUGUCAUUACGAAUGUCUUACAUUUAAUCCAAGUGGAUUACAUUACUACGUAUACAAUUCUUCACAUUGAGACUGAACAUUUUUAAGAGCUUUUUAAGAGGAUUUUUUACUUUGUUUUGGUUUCAACAUUACCUCCUCUUUACUCAGGUGUGAUGUGUAAUGCAAAGUCUGGAGAACGCCGCCGUUGUUCUUCCUAAUCAGAGUUCUUUCAUCUUCCUCGGUCUCCUUCUUCAUCGACUCCGCGGCGCAUGAGGAGAGAGACACAGAGACAUAUCAGCACUUUUGUCAUUUCAGAGUGAAUAGUGAUCUUCAGUAACUCCAUCCGUUUCUCCCGGAGAGGCUGGUUCUUCCCGCUGCCGGUGUUUUCUGCUGGCGGCUCGGUUUCAUUGUAGUCUGAAGGCUGACCCAACACGGACCGAGUGGGAUCAGAGACCAGAGAACACUGUAGAAUUGCUUUUCCAUUGUAGAAAUUUGCAGAGUUUUUCUUGGUGAAACUGAUGCAUUUUCAGUUGUCUUAUUCUGUAUUCUCCAUAUUCCUGUGCCAUUCAGUCGUCUUUGUGGACUUAAUUGCAAAUUCUAUAAAGCAGAAAUCUCUCGCAAGUGAUUACUGUCCCAUUAAUAUGUAAUUCAAAGGGUUACUUUGACAUUUUGAAGUGUAUUAUGUUCCAUUAUGCUGGUUGUGUAGUUGGCACAUUGCUCCUGCCUUUGCCUCAGAUUCUAAACAUUAUGCAUUGAAGUAAAUGUACAGCUACCAGCCAAGCUAACGUGCUAGCUCGUAGCCAGUAAUGUCCAUUAGUGGCGGAUUGGAGUGAAUCAUUGGCUGCAGUUGAAAAUGUCAAAAUGUUGCUCAAAGAUCUCUAGAAGGAUGCUACCAGUCAUUCUGGCAAGUCGUACAUAAUUCUCCUGCUGUAAAUCCAGAAAAUAAAGUACAAACGGCUGCUAAAACCAACUCGGAAUAAAUAUGUUGAAAACAAAUCCUGGGUUUCAAGAGGCUUUAAAGUGCAAUUUACACCCAUUCAAAUUCCAUUCAAAUGUGAUGGUUAAUGUAAACAUAAGUCUGAUUGAUUCACACAACGGCUGCACUGCGAGCUACACAUGAAGAAUUAUGCCUGGUACAAUAAAAUCAUCCACCCUCUUAAUUAACAUUGUUUUAUGUCAUAGGCCCAUCAGAAGAGAGUCUGAGAGAUUCAUUUAAUGAUCAUGAGCAAUGUGGUCUUCAUAUUGAAGAGCUCGAUAAAAUCAACUUUAAAAAUAAUGUAUACAUCAAGUAUGUUUUAAUUACUGUCCUGUGUGUAGUCUAAUCUGUAUUCAGUAUCCAUAAUAAACAUACACACCAGUGUUUACUAUC